GCGAAAGUUUGGAUAAUUUUCGUAAUGUGUGGUGUGUUAUAUAUAAGUCCUCAGCAGAUUUAUUUGAAUGAAAAGAAUGACUGCUUCAGUAGUGAAAAAAUAAAUGAAGGAUUUCAAAUACUUCUGACGGAGCACAGAACACUUCAACGUGAAAUAGAUCAACAACGGCAAGAGACCGUGGAAAUCAUAGAUUUGCUGAACAAUUCUACGCUAACAAGUCGGCUUCAACAUGAAGUAGAUGAACUAAGACGGGAAAACGUGGAAAUCAGAAAUUUGUUGAACAAUUUUACGCGAACAAGUCGGUUUCAACAUGAAGUAGAUGAACUAAGGCGGGAAAACGUGGAAAUCAGAAAUUUGUUGAACAAUUUUACGCUAACAAGUCGGUUUCAACAAGAAGUAGAUGAACUAAGACGGGAAAACAAGGAAAUCAGAGAUCUGCUGAACAACCUUACUUUAAAAAGUUUGAAAGUAAAUGUAGACUGUAAGGACCUCUACAGAGAAGGCCAUACAAGAUCUGGUGUAUAUGGAAUAAAUCCCUUCGGUAACGAGACCCAGAUCAAUGUAUUCUGUGACAUGGAAAACCAAGGAGGAGGGUGGACGGCAAUACAGAAACGCAAGAGUGGAUCAGUGAGUUUUUUCAAAACGUGGGUGGAAUACAAAACAGGCUUCGGGAAUGCAGAGGACACCUACUGGAUUGGAAAUGACGUCAUUCACAAGCUGACCAAGGGAAGGAACUCAUCCCUCUUCGUCUCUAUCGCAUUACAAAAUGGCACAACUUUGUAUGAACUUUAUCAACAGUUUUCUGUGUCUGAUGAAUCAGACAACUACGAACUUUUCCUUGGAGGGCCAGCUACCGGAACUUUAGGCGACAGUGUGUUAGACCCUGGUCGUUCUGACAGUGUUUUGUCUGGAGUAUCCUUUAGCACCCCUGAUAGAGAUAAUGACAUGGGAGUUGAUCGUAACUGUGCUGCUGUUUUUAAGGGAGGGUGGUGGUUCCGGAACUGUUACUCGGCCUUCCUGAACGGUCCCUGGUCCUCGGCAAGCUGGUUAUCUCCUUGGCAUCCUACAAUUGUUAAUGGCAGAGAUAUAAAGGAGACUCUCAUGAUGAUAAAGACUUAUUGCCUUUGAUAUUACGUACAAAUAUAAUAUUACGUGUAUAUGUAUGAUGUAUAUAAUUAUGCAUGAAUAAUGUAUAUUCUGUUUAUCGCAAGCUCGGUCGCUAUCACUUUCUAUGUCUUUGGUCAAUAUUACUUGACAUGGGUCCUUAUAACCGCAUAUUGACCUACA